UUUUCAAAAAAUCUUGAAAAUCUAAGUUGGCCAAACUCCCCAGCAUACACACCAUCGUUCUCCACCCAAAUCCUCUCUCUAUUUUUCCUACGCACAGGCAACGAGCUCCAUCAAAUUCACUUCAUUUUAGUUAAAUUCAAUACAGAACUAUACCUACAUUCUUCUCAAUGCCUCCUAUGCCUUCUUCACAGAGCCACAACGAGCACGAGCACAUGAAUAUUUUUGUUCCGGAAGUGAUGGAAAUGGAAGUGCCUAUAUCCAUGGAAGUACAUGAAGGAACAAGUAAUUCCAUGAAAAAUCAACCAGUGGAGGAUGCUCAAUCGGUUAAGAUUACUUGGAGGAUUAAAGACUUUUCAAGAUUGAGUAUGACGAAACUCUAUUCCAGUACAUAUGAACUUGGUGAUGUUACAUGGAGGCUGCUCAUUUUUCCGAAGGGGAACAAUGUUGAUUUUCUAUCCAUGUAUAUGGGAUUUAUUGACACAGCUAAUUUACCAUAUGGUUGGAGCAGAUAUGCACACUUCAGUUUGACUAUUGUUAAUCAAUUUCAUAGCAGCAAUUCAAUUAGAAAAGAAGCAAAACACCAACUUAAUGCUGGGGAAAGUGAUUGGGGUUUCACAUCCUUCAUGCCACUUAAUGACCUUUAUGAUACAAGCCGAGGUUUUAUAGUCAAUGACAUUUGUGUGAUCGAAGCUGAGAUUACUGUCUACAGAGCUACAGACCAAUAUUUAUAUAAUUCAAAAAGGGAAACUAGUUAUGUUGGACUUAAGAACCAAGGAGCCACCUGUUAUAUGAACUCUCUUCUCCAGAUGUUGUUCCAUAUUUCCUAUUUCAGAAAGGUUGUAUACCACAUGACAACUAGUGUUAAUGAUGAGCCAUCGACAAGUAUACCUAUGGCCCUACAGAGCUUAUUUUACAAGCUUCAACACAGUGAAAGCAGUGUUGGAACAAAAGAUUUGACAAGAUCCUUUGGGUGGGAUACACAUCAUGCUUUCCUGCAACAUGAUGUACACGAACUCAACAGAGUCCUGUGUGAGAAGCUUGAAGAAAAAAUGAAGAGAACUGCUGUGGAAGGUGCUAUACAACACUUAUUUGAAGGGCACCACAAGAACUACCUUGAAUGCAUCAAUGUUGAUUACAAGUCUAGUAGACAGGAGUCAUUCUAUGAUCUUCAGCUUGAUGUCAAGGGAUGUCAUGAUGUCUAUGCUUCGUUUGAUAAGUAUGUUGCAGUUGAACAUUUAGAUGGUGAUAACAAAUAUCAUGCGGGGCAAUAUGGUUUGCAGGAUGCUAAGAAAGGGGUCUUGUUUACUAACUUCCCACCAGUGCUCCAGCUUCACUUAAAACGGUUUGAAUAUCAGUUUGUUCGGGAUGGCAUGGUAAAGAUAAAUGACCGCUAUGAGUUUCCUCUUGAACUUGAUCUGGAUAGAGAUAAUGGAAGAUACUUGUCACCUGAGGCUAAUAGAAGAGUACGCAACCUCUAUACACUUCACAGUGUUUUGGUCCAUAGCGGUGGUGUGCAAGGCGGACACUAUUAUGCUUUCAUAAGGCCAACUCUAUCCAACCAAUGGUAUAAAUUCGAUGAUGAACGAGUGACAAAAGAAGACAUAAUAAAGGCUUUAGACGAGCUUUAUGGAGGUGAAGAAGAACAUGUAAUGACGACAAAUCCAGAUAAUGCCCCCUUCAAGUUUACAAGGCAGUCAAAUGCCUAUAUGCUAGUGUACAUACGUGAAAGCGACAAGGGUAAAAUACUGUGCGACAUUCAUGACAGAGAUAUCUCUCACCAUCUUAAGGAGAGGUUGAAGAGGGAGCAAAAAGAGAAAGAACUAAAGAAGAAACAAAAAGCAGAAGCUGAUAAGUACAUGACUGUAAAGGUUGUGACUGAUGAAGAUUUUGCAAGGCAGAUUGGAAAGGAUAUAUGUUUUGAUUUAGUGGAUCAUGCCAAAGUUAGAAGUUUUUAUGUUCAGAAGCUUAAACCAUUUCACACUUAUAAGGAAGAGAUUGCGAGAGAAUUUCUUGCACCAGUGUACUUCCAACGUUUCUGGCUAUGGGGAAAGCGUCAAAACAAAACUCAUCGUCCUAAUCGACCAUUGACACUCCUAGAGGAGUCCUACACCGUGAGCCAUUUAAAGAGAUUAUCAAGUAAGGAUCCCAAUGACGACCUGCAGUUGUUUUUAGAAGUAGAGCGUGCACAGAAUUUGCGCGCCGGCCCUCUCCCUGAUAAAGAAAGUGAUGACAUUUUACUGUUCUUUAAGCUUUAUGAGCCUGAGAAAGGGGAGUCAAGAUAUGCUGGAAGACUUUUUGUCAAGAGUUAUUACAAGCCAUCAGAUAUUCUAGAGAAGUUAAAUCAACUUGCAGGCUAUGCUCCAGAUGAAAAGAUAGAACUCUUUGAGGAGAUAAGGUUUGACCCCACACUCAUGUGUACAUACAUUGACACAAGACUUACAUUUACUUCUAACCAGCUAGAGGAUGGGGACAUUGUCUGGUAUCAAAAGCCACUGCCUGCUCAAACAAGGAGGCUAUUUCAUUGCCCGGAUAUUCCAUCUUUCCUUGAAUACCAGCAUAGCCUUCAAGUUAUCCACUUUCGCUCCUUGGAAAGGCCUGAAAAGGAUGAGUUUUGUUUACAACUGUCAAAGUUUGAUUCAUAUGAUGAAGUUGUUAAGAGAGUAGCGAACCAACUCAGAGUCGAUGAUCCGUCCAAACUACGGCUUACAUCACACAAUAUCUACUCUCAGCGACCAAAAGCUCAUCCUAUAAGAUAUCGAGGAGUAGAAAACUUGUUGGAGAUCCUGUUGCAUCACGAUGAACUUUCUGAUAUUCUGUACUUCGAAGUAUUGGAUAUACCUUUGCCAGAAUUGCAAGAGUUGAGAAUCCUCAAACUAGCUUUCAGCUAUGCGGCAAGAUCUAAACUGGAAACUCAUAGUAUCAGGCUGCCAAAAGAAAGCACUGUUGGUGAUGUGCUUGAGCAUCUCAAGGAGAAGGUGAAACUUUCUCAUCCAAAUGCAGAACUCAGGUUGCUGCAAGUAUUCUCUCACAAGAUCUAUAAGAUAUAUCCUAAUAGUGAGAAGAUCGCAGCAAUAAAUGACAACCGCUGGACGUUACGAGCAGAAGAGAUUCCAGAGGAAGAGAAAUUUCUUAGCUCAAGUAAAUGUUUGAUUCAUGUGUGUCACUUCAUGCAUGAGGACGCUCAAAACCAGACGCGAAUUAAAAACUUUGACGAGCCAUUUUUAUUGGUAAUCAAUGAUGGUGAAACUUUGUCUCGUAUCAAGGUCCGUGUGCAAAACAAGUUGCAAGUACAAGAUGAGGAAUUUUUGAAGUGGAGAUUGGCUUUUGUGUCACAUAGUCAAGCAAAAUACUUGGAGGAUUCAGAUAUUUUGUUCGACCAUUUCCAGGGAAGCGGUAUUUGUGUUUCUUCGGAGCAAUAUCUUGGACUGGAACACAGUAACAAUACCCCUAGAAGGCCUCCUGCAGCCAAUCAGUUGCAGCGAUAUGUUUGUGUUUUCUGUAAGAAUAGUUCUAACUAUGAUCUGGAAUAA